AUGGUCCGUGAUCAGGGGGCCCUUCGGUCGUUGCCAUCAAAAAAGCAUUCAUGCUCAGAGCUCCAGAAGGGGCACCAGCACAUGCUUAAGGUUAAGAAAGAGCGUGAAUCCCCUGAAGAACUAGAUCGAAAGAUCAAGGAGUACGAGGAUGAGCUUAAAGCUUUGAAAGCAGCCCAAACUGCUGACUCCAAGGCGGCUUCAGCGGUUGCGAGCCCUGAUGAUGAGACCCAGCCAGCAUCUCCAGAAGAGGUAGAAAAGGCCAGAGGACGUGCUCGCAAGGGAAAAGAUACCCAGAAGAAUGCUGUUGCUGAACCCAGUGAACCCAAAACACGUAGAACUGCUGCAAAGGCAGCACCCAAGGCCAUGUCUGCCCCGUCGGGGCGAUCCAAGAGUAAGUCUGAUGAUGGUUCAACUCCUGAGAGUGCCAAAAAACCCGGGGGGAAGCAGCCUGCUCAGCCCCCUUCCAAGCGCCUUCGCUCCAAGAGCUCUGGAGACCCACCUGCAGCGCCGCCACGUGAUCCAAAGAUUGCAGAUCUGGAGAAGGCCAAUGCCAAGCUGAAGAAGCAGUUGGAAGCUUUGCAGAAGGCAUCCAGUGCAUCGACAGCCAAGCCCUCUAGUCAGAAGCGGCCACGCACCCCGCCAUCGUCAGCAGCCGCCUCCAAGAAGCCAACUUUUUCGCCCCAAUCUGAGGACGAAGAUGGACCUGAGGACUUUGACAUCUUUGGGACCCCUCGGUAUGAACCUUCUGAUGAGUCUGGGGGUGAAAAUGAAAUAGUUGGUGAAGGAGAGGAAGGUGAGGAUGACGAGGGUGAGGGAGAGUUGAGUGAAAGUGCCAAGAACCAGCGUUUGAGACGCAUAUGCGAAGUGAAACCAGGAACUGGGGUUUGCCGGGUCCCUGAUGAGAUUCAUGCGCGUUGGAAGAAAGGUGGUACUGAAAGGUUGAAGCUCCGAGAUGAACUCGAAGCUGCUGGCUGGGACAAGGAUGAGUUCGUCAAUGCCAUUAUCAGAAUCAAGGAAAAAACCAGCAAGUUCACCCGCCAUAAGCGCAGAGGGUGGUACACGAAAGAGAAGAUGAAGGUCAAGUUGGGUUGGUCGAAGUGCCUUGUCAGAAUUUGCGUCUCGCACCCAUAUAAAACUUAG